GGAUUGUUUUAAAAUUUUACCUAAAAUAAAACCAGUUUCAUCUUUGAGACAAAAAUUUGUCCGUGGAAGAAAUCUUGACAUUUUCGGAUUUGACAAAGAUGGAAGCUUGUUUGAGAUGUUCACGAGGAAGCUAUCUAAUUGAAGCCAUGAGACCACUCUCCAGCUCUCUCCGGCCUUCUUCUUCUGUCUCUUUUAGCACCGGCAAGCCAAUCAAGAGAGCUUAUGAUGGAUUGUUGCUUGAUGCUGGAGGAACUCUUUUGCAAUUGUCGAAACCUGUUCAUGAAACCUACGCUUCCUUGGGCCAAAAAUAUGGUCUCAAGACAACUCCAGCUGAGAUCAAGGAAGGUUUCAAGAGAGUUUUUUCUGCCCCUUGGCCUGAGAAGUUACGUUACCAGGGAGAUGGAAGACCAUUCUGGAAGCUUGUUGUUUCGGAAGCUACUGGUUGUUCUGAUAAUGACUACUUCGAAGACGUCUACCAAUAUUAUGCGAAUGGCGAGGCAUGGCAUCUCCCAGAAGGAGCUUAUGAGACAAUGUCACUACUGAAAGAUGCUGGAGUUAAGAUGGCUGUUGUGUCUAAUUUCGAUACCAGGCUAAGAAAGCUAUUGAAGGAUCUUAAUGUCAUAGAUAUGUUCGAUGCUGUGAUUGUAUCCGCAGAAGUCGGAUACGAGAAGCCUGAUGAACGAAUCUUCAAAUCUGCGUUAGAACAAAUCAGCGUAGAUGUAAACAGAGCAGUGCAUGUCGGAGAUGAUGAAGGAGCUGAUAAAGGCGGAGCAAACGCCAUCGGUAUUGCUUGUUGGUUGUGGGGAGAAGAUGUGCAGACAUUUUCGGACAUACAAAAGCGGAUCUUGGUUUCAGAACUCUAAGCUUCAAAGAUUUUGUUCUGCAAUAUUUUUCAGACCCUGUACACACUUACUCAAUCAACACUGUAAUCUGUCUCUUUAAAAAUUUAAUUAAUAAUGAAAAAGCUGCAAACUUGGACAACAA